UUGCCUUAAAGCCUGCCCUCUUUCAGAACCCUAGAUCUCUCUGCUCGUCAUCUUUAUUGUUGUCGCUUUGAAUCAAUUCUCAAUCUCAAUCCCAAAAUUCAGGAACAGACAUGGAUGAUAGCUGUGCCGUCUGCGCUGAAAAUCUCGAAUGGGUUGCCUAUGGAUCUUGUGGCCACCGAGAAGUUUGCUCUACAUGCGUCGUUCGUCUCCGUUUCGUCCUUGGCGAUCCUCGAUGCUGUAUCUGUAAGACUGAGUCUCCUAUUGUCUUCGUCACCAAGGCAUUGGGUGAUUAUACAAGGACGAUCAAUGACUUCUCCACCUUCCCUUCAGCACCAAAGGAAGGUCGAGUAGGAGCGUUUUGGUAUCAUGAAGACACUCAGGCUUUCUUUGAUGACUUGGAUCAGUACAGGAUGAUCAAAGCAAUGUGUAGGCUUUCCUGCAGUGUUUGUGACAAGGCGGAAGAUCAACCAAGACAUCAUCGUCAGCGUAUUAAGAGUGUUGAACAGUUGAAGGGUCAUUUAUAUCAUAAGCACAAAUUGCAUAUGUGUGGUUUAUGUCUGGAAGGGCGAAAGAUAUUUAUUUGUGAACAAAAGUUAUACACAAGGGCACAACUGAACCAACACAUACACACUGGUGACUCUGAAGUUGAUGGUAAUGAGAGCGAAAGGGCAGGCUUUACUGGACAUCCUAUGUGUGAAUUCUGUAGGAAUCCCUUCUAUGGUGAUAAUGAGUUGUUUACACACAUGUCUACUGAGCAUUACACCUGCCAUUUUUGCCAAAGGUCGAAUCCAGGACAAUAUGAAUAUUACAAAAACUAUGAUGACUUGGAGAUUCACUUCCGCAGAGACCAUUUCAUUUGUGAAGACGACUCCUGCCUUGCUAAGAAGUUUAUAGUUUUCCAAAAUGAAUCAGAGUUGAAAAGGCAUAAUGCUACUGAGCAUGGAGGUAGAAUGUCUCGGUCUCAGCGAAGCGCUGCUUUACAGAUACCAACAAGUUUCCGAUACCGACGUGGAAAUGAUCAAGAUAAUCGUCGUGGAAGAGCAAGAUCAUUUCGUCGUGAACCUGGUGAUGAUGAAUAUAAUCUUGCAGUUCAUGAGGCUCUUCGUUUAUCUGAGGCUGAGUAUUCCCGGCAAGAGCCUGCUCCUCCACCCUCAAGUGCACCACCUGGAUUCUCUAAUAACAACAACAUACAUAUAGAUGAUGCUGGCCCUCUUAUUGAACCAAUGGAAUCUCUAUCAACUACAGAUAUGGAACCUUCUUCACGAUAUCUUCAAGCUGUAGGAAGCUCUGGUGGUGGUGGGUCACGUCUUGGAGAAUCUGCUUUCCCUCCUCUUUCUGGUCAACCUAGAUAUGGACAGAACUUGGAUAGUUUGCCUACUAACACCAUGGCUGCUCGUCUAAAACGCCAAGCAAAUCGAACUACUACUGCUUCUGCUAUUUCUAGUCCUUCUCAUGGAUGGCCAGCAGUUAACCGUGGCGUAGCACAAGCAUCUAUUACAACUGGCGGUAACCAUUCUUCUUCGGGAUGGCCAGCAAUAGCUCGAACGCCUGUACAAGCAUCUAGUUCUUCAGUCCAAUCUAGGUCCCAUGCCAAAGCUUCUCAGCCUAGGCCUCUGGCUUCUGCAGUUCCACAGGCUGUUCGGAAUGCGAAUAGGAUUCCUCACUCAUCCUCAGCCCCUGAUCUAUCUGAUACAAGAUCUCUUCGGCCUUCUCCUACAGAUUUUCCUCCAGUUUCGUCUGCUGUUGUGCAAAAUCGUAAGACACCAUCCACCUCAACACAAGGAUCUCCAAACACCCAACUGCCUCCAGAUGUUCAAUCCGCCAACAAAUCAUUGAUUGAGAAAAUAAGAUCUGCACUUGGUCAUGAUGAAGAUGUAUUCAUGGCCUUUAAGCAUGUUUCAGGACAGUAUCGUCAAGGUUUGAUUGAUGCAAGAACUUACUUGGAGUAUGUGAAUGGCUAUGGAUUGUCUCACUUGGUCAUCGAUCUUGCUAGCCUGUGCCCUGACCCCAAUAGGCAGAAGGAACUCAUUGAUACCCACAAUGCUAGUUUGAGUGGUUUAAAGGUGAAUGGUCAGUCUGUUGCGCAGAGCUCUUCUCAAACUAAUGAGAGACCAAGUUCAAAGAAGAAUAAAGGAAAAGCUGUGAAAGUUGUUGAUCCGAAAGAAACUUUAGCAGAUAAUUUUAUGGAUACAGUGAGGAGAUUACAAUCCUCACAGAAUCCUCAGGAAGUAGAAGAGGAGAGAAUAUCGAAAGAUAAGAAUACAUAUAGGACGGACAAGGGUAAGUCACAAGUAGUAGGUACAGAUUCUUCUUCAACCGUAAGUAAGCAGCAACGUAAGAAAACUUCUAAGUUUCACAGAGUGCGGCUUGGGGAUGGAUCAAUGGCUGCGUUACUAGAUCUUAACAACUCUAACCAUGAGGUAAAAUCAGAGUCAAAUGAUGGUGAUUUUAGUAGUAACCAAAAGCAAACCGGUGUUUUACCAGUUCGUGGUGUUUGGCGUAAAGGAGGUGCGAAUCUUUUCUCGUAAAGAAGGAAUUCUCUAAUAUGCUAUUAGGCUAAGAUUGGUGAGUGUGAAGAAGAUACAUUGUUCGUACUUAACAUUUACCAAAAAAAAAGAUACAUUUUUCUCUCUCGUUUUUUAUGUAAUUGGAAUUUUUUUUUUCUUCCAAGAGAUGGUUUUUCAUCUUUCUUUUAAAAAAAUAGUGAAUUAAAAUGUUACUUUCUUAUAGAAGGA